AUGCCUAUCAGGGUUGUCUUGGGGUCCCAAUGGGGAGAUGAAGGAAAGGGAAAAUUGGUAGACAUUCUCGCGCCCGAAGCUCAACUCUGCGCGAGAGCCGCCGGAGGGCACAAUGCGGGUCAUUCAAUUCUCGCCAACGGUGUCUCGUACAGCUUUCACCUCCUCCCUUCCGGUCUCAUCAACCCGAACUGCAUGAACUUCAUCGGCUCCGACGUGACCUUCCACGUCCCUUCGUUCUUCUCCGAAUUGAAGCAGCUUGACGAGAAAGGACUCCCCAACGUCUAUGAUCGGAUCCUUGUGUCUGACAGAGUUCAUAUCAACUUUGACCUUCACGCCGCCGUUGAUGGUCUCGAGGAGGUCGAGCUAGGAGCUAACUUUCUAUUGAACGGGCCCUCAUACAGUACCAAGGCAGCUAGAAGCGGUGUCCGUCUAGCCGACGUGUUCGACCAAGAACUCUUCGAAGCGAAACUGCGUCGACUAGCCCAUGGCUACAAGGCCCGAUACGGCGAUCUGCUCAAGUACGAUGUCGAGGAAGAGAUUGAGAGAUUCCGAGGAUACCGUUCGGAGCUCGCAAAGUAUGCGAUUGAUGGUUUGAGCUUUAUGCAUUCUGCACAAACGAGCAACAUGAACGUGAUUAUUGAGGGUGCAAAUGCUGUAAUGCUUGACCUUUCCAUGGGAUCAUACCCCUAUGUCACUUCAUCGAACACCACAAUUUCUGGCAUCAUCGCCGGCUUGACGCUCAACCCUAAGAACAUCACAGAGACCAUCGGAGUGGUUAAAGCCUACACCACACGUGUUGGCGCUGGCGCUUUCAAGACGGAAGAUCUCGAAGAGUACUGGUCGGAACGAAACUCCAGGAGGUUGGCCGGGAAUGGGGAACAUCCACAGGCCGAAGACGUCGCUGCGGCUGAUCUCGUCGUUGUGAAGCAUGGUCACAUGGUCAACUAUUACACGGCAUUGAACUUGACCAAGCUCGAUGUACUCGAUUCCUUCGAGACAGUCAAGAUAGCCAUUGCGUACAAAGACAAGAGCACAGGCAAGGAACUUGACUCUUAUCCGGCGGACCAUAACAUACUGGAUAACGCCGAAGUCGUUUACCACGAAAUGCCUGGGUGGAAUAAGCCGACGACCAACGCCCGGACAUACUACGAUCUUCCCAAGCAGGCCCGGGAUUAUGUCGAGUACAUUGAGAAUUUCAUUGGAGUCAAGGUAAAAUGGAUCGGCACGGGUCCUGACCGUGAAGCUAUGAUCGUGCGUGGCUAG